UGUCAGGGCUGGUCGUCGCCUAUACCCAUCCAUACAAGCUGUAGUGUUUCGGUUCCUCUGUAUUUAAAUAUUAUGCGCCUUUCCCGUGGCGAUGUGAAUCUUUUGAGGAUUCUCAGUUUAGUCGGUAGCUAUGAAACCUUCUGUUAGGAUAGCAGGCUACCGGCGAACAUUUGUAUCGUAGGCUAAGGUCACUGUAUACAUCGUUGAUACACCCACCGUGGGAUUUGGCCCCUUAUCAUUUUCCGUAGACGUUCCGAAUUAAGCACCUUCGCUGGCUGUAUGAAUAAUGUACUGAAGUUAGUCCUGUUAUGCCUUAAAAAUGAUUUUGACUCUUUUUGAGGGGGCCUCUGGCACAGCCCCGGUGCAACACAAGCGUGCCCAAUGGCCUCUGGAACGGAGUUUGAGACAGCGGACCUAGACUCCGUCAUCAAUGUCAUUGGACUCACACCAAGUGAUCCCCUCGACACAUUUGUCGAGAUCUGGUACCAGGUGUUCCUGUGGGCGCUGUUUUCGUCACUCUUUGUUCACUUCGUGGCUGCAGUGGUGGCCUUCAGCAUGUUGAGGAAGCAACAGAUAGGCCGCUUCAGCCCACUGCUCAUCUUGCUCAUGGGCCUGGUGGCACCCUUGACAGGGGGCGCCCUGACGAGUGCAGUGAUAGCUGGUGUGUACCGGGCAGCUAGGUUUCAUAUGAUGCCCUUCUACGCACUGGUGUGGGGCUGUGGGCAGACAGUGUUUGCGGUUGUCAUGUCUUACACCCGAGUCCUCGCCACCCUCUGACCUUGCUGCUGGGUGACUUGCCAGAGAUGCCAGGCCAGGAUACCAGUGUUGUGCACCUCGGACGAGGAGACUGCUGCAGCAUUUGUGGUGCCCUAUGCUGCCACAUCUUCAGCUCAGCUAUGCAGCCCCACAUUUCACCUGACCAAAGCCUUCAACUGCUUGCUUUGUUAUCUGUUCAUAUGUGGUCCUGCAAUUUGUGUUGUUCAAAGAAAGGGCUCUGUCACUGUUUGUCAUUUCCAACUGACACAGCCUGCUGACUCUUGAUCAAUGGUAUGGCCAUUCGCAGUCGUCUUGGCAUGGUGCUUUUUUUUUCCUGAUGAGAUUUUGUUUCUUUCUUACUGCUUUUUGAUAGGGAGAGUGCAUUCAGGUUCUGUUUAGUGCACCAGCCACAUUUUUUAAGUGUUGAGACGUUUGGCAUAGUGCCUGCGAGAAGGGAAACAUUCAUGUGGUUGUCAUGUAGUUUUGAAGCUAUGCCUUCUCUGUGGUUUAGAAGACUUUGCCCAGCAUUGUGGUGACCCAAAAGGGGUUGCAGUCAGCUGUGGUCUGAUGGCACACUCAUGUGGCUGGCACACUGAUGGGAGCAUUAGCCCACAGUUCAUUCCCUGCACAGGAGAGUGGAAUUAUUAGUCAGUUUUCGUGAAUGUUUAGUGAAGACAGUAUUACUUCAUGUGGUCAAGUUUGUGUCUUCUGGCACAGGCUACUGCGAGUAGGAACAGAGGGUUCCUGAAACUUGAACUGGUCAUAUUGGCGGCUGUGGCCACAUUCAAAGAAUGCACCAUUUGGUGUAAGUGCAGUCCACUUGUAAGGUGCAGGGAAACAUUAGCUGUCAUGGCUCCACUUGUCGUGAGCAUGGAAAGCAUGAGUCAUUAUGUGAUGUAUUGCUGCUCAUUUUCCCUUUAUUCUUGUUUUUCACAGUCACGUUAAAUUUUCUUUUACCAUUAGUUUUUUUCUAUCAUAUUUUCAUUUGUCAUUGAUUGAAAAUAAUGAUAGCACUUCUCUCUGCAAGAUCUCCAUUACUUGUCGUAGCAUUUUUUUGCUGAAGCAUAUUGUGAUGGUUUCAACUGCCUGAAGAGGGCUCAAAGUCUGUAUUGCAAAACAGUGGUCUGUUGCAGAUGCAUAAGAACAAAGUGUGCUUAUUUUCAUGCAUCCUAAUGUGUUUAUCAUGCAAAAUUUUUCCCAUGUCGGUUGGUGGUUCUGGUAUUGCAAACCUUUUCUUACUCUUAUUAGAAGGGCAAUACUUCUGCAGUUACUUCAGUUGCUCUAGAAACUCGGCAUCUAUAAUUCCUCAAAUUUAUUCCAUUGCACAGUGCUUCGAAUGCAUGUGGGCUGUUCUUUUUUUACUGUUACAGUUGGUUGCAGCCUUGAAAGUGGCUAUCACCUCCUAAACAAGACUCACACAGAGAGGGUACUGUGUGUUGUUCGGGUCAUUAAAGAGUUGGUGCAGCAGUGACUAAAAUGGCUGCAAUAGUAGUGAAAUGCUUUUUUUCACUGGAAGUGUCUCCCAAAAGUUCUGAAUGUGCAAGUUGAAAUGCAACCACACUCAACUACUAACAAAAUAUUGACUCCUGUCUUUAUAAAAUGUGUGCUAUGUGCUAGCUCAAAGCUACAGAUAUGCCCUUUCACAAACAUGUUUUUGGUUAUGAAAGGCCAUGUCCCCUUUAAGUUAAGUUUUACAUAUUUGAAUUAAAGCCAAUUUUGCCAUGCAGUUGGCACUACCAUAAAAUAAUUUUAGUGCAAUACUGGCAUUUGCUCCAAAAGUUUGUUAAACAAGCAGAACUGUAAGUUUCUACAAUAUCUUCUGUCACUUAGAAAGCCUUUUGUUACUCUGAAUUAUAGGAGUAUGAAAAUGCAUUGUGCUUGCUAUUAUAAUGCAACUUGCCAAAAAUGACAUGUAGUGAAAACUGUGGACAACCACUCCCAUUGUCUGUUACUUCUAAACUGACUGUGGGAUUGAGUGGCACAGUACAGGAUGCAUAGCAAAUAGCUGCACCCAUGGGAUGUGACUUAACUCUUACAAACUAGUAUUGUGCUGCAUGACAUCAUAUAUUCUGUGACAGCUGAAGUGAUUGAAUUUUAUUUUUGGCUGACUGUAGGUGACAUUGAUGUCAUGUGCUGCAAAUUAUUAUAUACAAGCAACUGCAAUGGGAGACAAUUUUGAUAUUUUCUUUCAGAAUCCUCCUUCCUACAUUUUUGUUUUGUUUGUCAUGAUCACUGCAGUCAGUGAUAUCACAUAACAUCUUUACAAGUUUCUACUGGACUGCAAUGCCUUUUUAUUCCCUGCUUUGGGAAAGUCCUCCACGUAGUUUACUGCUUGUUCAUGUUUAAGCUAUGCUUGUGCAGCUUUUAUAUUGGCAGCAACUGAAAACCAUGUGCUGCACUAAUUCUACUGCUGUCUUGCAGGUGGCUUGCAUAGUACCUUAAGGGUCUACGGGUAAAGUUCGAAAAGAAGCCCAAAGUUGAAAGGAAAAUUAAAUAUAACCUUGAUGCCUUUUUCUAGUAGACUUAUUUCUAGGCCUGUCUUGGUUCUCCAUUUUUAUUCAUUUUAUAAUGUGUUUGCAACGUAUGAGAAUUCAAAGUUGUGUUUUGUUUGUCCACAUCAUUUGUUUCCUCUUGAGAACAUUGUUGCCUGGGGCAAAAUGUAGCUUUUAGGAAAAGCAUUUCAGGGGUGCCAAUUAUUUAAUACUCAAAAAUGUUGCAGUGCAUUAAGGCAACAGUAGUUAGCACCAACUGCCAUCUUUCAAAUUGCUGCUUCUGUUCACCAAGUGUCUGCCUUCCAAGUUAGAAAGCUCCACACCAUUGCAAUAAGCAUUUCUGCUCCUGUUUUUGCCUUCAAGAUGGGUGUACAUUAGGCUGUGCUAAAUUAUGUGGCAGUGGUACCGAGUUCCUUUUGUCAGUGGUGAAACGGCUGUUGGUGGCACAUAGUGGCACAUGCCUGUGUGUGAAGGAGCAGCACAGUUUUGAUGUCUUGGCAUAAGACCCUGCAAGCAGUGAAUUGAGAGACAGGAGAGGUCACAAGGUUACUUGUAUUAAAGUGUACAGUGUGUCUCCGUCGACGGACGAGGCCAACAUGUAAAUAUUGUACAUAACCUUCAUAGGCAGAGCCAUUCUACCAGGCCAAACAGGAACACCUAACGUGUUCAAGAUGCUGUAUGGAGUAUGUCUGUUGUGAAUAGUGUAAAUACCUGUUACAAAAGUCAGUGGUGCCACAAGAAAUGUUCUGUGACACUACAGUGAAUGGACAAGAAAGUGGUAAAGACUGCUGUGGCGGCAUGCUUUAUUUUGUCGAAUAAAAGAACCCAAGGAGAGAAGAAAAGCUUCUUGCAGUAA